AUGAAGCUCUCCCUGCUCGGGCUGCCCAGUUUCCUGUCAAUUGCGGCCGCGACUGGCCCAAUUCCUGUUAGUAGGAGCGGCCUUGCCGGCAUCGACGGAUUCACCUUUUACAAUCCGUAUUGCGGCCAUGGCUGCUUCCGAUCCUUCUCCCCGUUCACGUUGGCGUGUUCCUCCGUCAUAAGUGCCGGAGGUCACACAGCCGCCGCCUCGUCCGCACACGUCUUGGCUCUGUGUCGCGCAUCCGAUUUCCCUUACUUAAGCUCCAUCGCUUGGUGCAUGCACCUGUAUUGCCCGGACGACGUUCACGCUUCGACGAUCGAGCACUUCUGGGAGACGAUGAUCACAGGAGACGCCAGCAUCCUCCCGAAAUGGAGCUACGGCGAGGUGAUGGCAAACAUCACGGAUCCACCAACCAUGGUGGCAACGGCGAUGGAUAUGGAUAUGGACAUGGUCCUGAACAUGACCAUGCUCACAACCCACGGCAACUGGCAAGCCACACAGGAUACUUUGGUGUUCUUUUUCCGCGAGACCGUCCUGGAAUCGUACUAUGGACUUUCAAUCCUCCUGACCGCCUUCGGUCUGCCGAUUAUGCUGACAUGGCUGGGAUACAUCCCCUUCAUGACCGCCUUACUGCAACGAAUCAAGCCUUGGCUCUAUCCAAGCAUCAUCGGGACCUAUCAUGACCGGCCCCUUCCUUUCCUUUUAGGCAACGCACCUACUGUCGGCCAAAGCUUCUACAUCGCAGUUGUCUUCAUCCUGAACAUCAUCUUUCUUGCGGUCGGCUACAAGACGCUGUAUCCCGACCAUGUGAUGCAAUGGUACACAAACCGUUAUCAGGAGCUCAUGGCCUACUUCAUGUGGCGUACCGGCGUUCUGGCAUUUUGCAACAUGCCAAUCCUGUUUCUCUUCUCGAGCAGGAACAAUAUCCUGUUGUGGCUAACCAACUGGUCACAUUCGACUUACAUGUUGCUUCAUCGAUGGGUCGCCCGGAUUUUCCUGUUGCAAACCCUCCUGCACUCCAUCAUCGCACUGGUUCUCUACAAGAGCACCGGUUCAUACGACACGUCGCUGAAGACAGGAUGGUGGACCUGGGGCUCCGUUGCCACGGUUGCGGCUGUCAUUCUCGUGCUCACCAGCGUGUUCGUCCUGCGCCAGCGGGUUUACGAGCUGUUCCUGAUCACCCAUAUUGUCAUGGCUGUCAUCUGCGUGGUCGGCUGCUGGUAUCACGUCUGGAUCGGGUACGAGAACACGUUUGGCUAUGAGACUUGGCUGUAUGCUACGAUUGCCGUCUGGUUCUUCGACCGGCUGGCUCGCGUGGGGCGUAUCUUGAAAACUGGCAUCCGGCGCGCAAAGGUGACCGAUAUCAGCUCCACAAUUACCCGCAUCGACAUUCCAGGAAUCCUCUGGGCAGCGCCAGGCCGUUGUGUUUACUUGUACCUCCCGACGCUCAGCCCUCUUCGGCCGUGGGAGAACCACCCAUUCUCCAUGAUUCCGACAGCCAUGCUCAACAAGCGCAUCUACAGCGACCCUUCCGGGUCGGAACUCGGCAAUUUGGAAAAGAACCAGGCCGUAGCGAUGGGCUCGGAAUCUCCUGUCGAUGGCAAGACCUAUACCAGCUCGGGGCUGACACUAUUCAUUCGAAAGAGAGUAGGUAUGACGGGAUUCUUAAAAGCAGAGGAAGGCCUACUCACGCUGCUUGACGGGCCGUAUCCAACAAACCCCACCAAGGAGGUCCUGCAGAGCGACCGGCUACUGUUGAUAGGAGGCGGCAUAGGCAUCACCGGGCUUCUACCCUUCCUAUGGCGCCAUCCAAACCUCAAGCUGUUAUAUGGCGUCAAGGCAGCCGAUCAAGGCCUUCUGGACUCUUUGAGCACCGUACUCGAUGAAGUUCGUCAGAAGCACAUCAUUAUUGGCCAGAGACUGGACAUUGAUGGCUUGCUACGAGAUGAGGCUAGCCUUGGCUGGUCCAAGAUCGCCGUUGUAGUUUGCGGGCCGGCUGGAAUGUGUGACGAUGUUAGGGCGAUUGUGGCCAAACUUGGUAGGGAACGCGCCAGUAAGUGUUCUUUUGAGCUGGAGGUAGAUGCGUUCUCUUGGUGAAUCGCGAGCAUGGAGCUUGAAAUUUCGACGAGGCCGUUUCUUCCACUCUCCCUAGGUACAAUUUGGAACUUCGUGGAAAACCAUACUGGACUAUCAAUUUUAUAAUAAUUGUCAUGCAAUUCAUCCUUUUUAUACCAUGGCUGCAAAUAGUCGUCCAGUGCAGCCCCCCUGUCGUUACAGUGGCGGAGGUUCAGCAGCGGGAUCCUUGACCGACGUAGGUGU